UAAAAUUUAUUUUUGUUGGUGUCUGUUAAAUUUAAGUUCCACACUCACCACCAAAAACCAACAACCAACUACAGCAGCAUCACAAAUCCAAAUUCAAGCGAAGUGAACGUGAAGGAGAUUUUCUUGUCCUUGUUUUUUGAUUUGAAAGCAUUUCCAUUUCCAUUUUAAACACACGUUUGAUUCAAUUUUUAGAACUAAGAAAAAUAAUUAUAUUCCUUUUUUCCGAAUAAGUAAAUGAGAUCGAAUGUAAUCAUUUUGUGGCUUAGAAUUUGAAUAGAAUCUGCGUUUCGGAAUUGGAUCUCGUUCUCGAUAUCUUGUGUUUUCCAAGUCAAUUGAAAAGGAUUUUCACUUCUUGCGUGUGUCUCGUUCGUCCUCGUCCUCGUCCUGGUCCUCUCACUUUUUGCAAAUAUCAAUUUUUGGUUGUAUUUUUCUCUUUCUAUUUGCACACAAUGGUCGCUAGAGGUAGAGGAAAAAAAGCAGCAGCAGCAGGACCAGCGGUGGCUGCUGAAGCUGAAGCAGUGAUGGCAAAUGGAGAUGCUUCUCAAGAAGCCGAAUAUGCGAGUGAGGUGGUGGCGGCGGCAAUAGCACCAACAAAAAAAGGCAGGCAGCGAGGCGUUAAAAAAGAAACGAAGGAGGAGGUAGACGAAACCCCUUCAGUUCCUGCAGUUGAAGUUAUUGCCGAAAAAGCAGCAAAACCCACAAAAGCUGCCAAAGGUUCUAGGAAAGCACCCAAAGGUAAAGCUAGUGCUGCUGUUGCUUUGGUUGAAGAGGAUGAGAAGGUUAAGAUUCCUGUAGAAGACACAAAAGAUGAAGAUUUAUCUGAAAAUGAUAGCGCUUCUAUUGAAGCAAAACCAGCGGUUGCAGUUGAAAAGAAGGCAUCCAUCCGCAAGCGAAAAGUCGAUAAUAUUGAAAAAGCAGAAGAAAUCGAAGCGGUGGCAAAAAAAGCUCCAAGAGUAACGAAGACUAAAGGCGCCAAAAAAGAGACAGUCGAUAGCGAUGGUAUUCCAGAAGAUCCAGCUGCAGCUGUUGUUUCGAUUACUGUUUUACCAACAACACAAACAAAUGGAACAAAAAAAUCCGCAAGCAGAAAACGUGGCGCACCUAAAGUAGAAGAACCUGAGCCAGAAAUAAUUCCAAAAGAAACUAAAAAACAUAAACAUAAUGCUGCUGCUGCUUCUGAAAAAGAACAAAAAGCCGAAGAUGAAAUUCCAGCUCCAGUUCCGGCUAAAAGAGGUUUUAAAUCAAAGAGUUUAAAGAAAGAACCAAAAGAAACAAAAAAAACAGCCACCACAAAGUCAUCGAAAAGAGCACCCAAAGUAGUUGCUGCUGAAGAAGCCGAAGAAGAAGCAACUGAACAUGAUAUUCUGCCUGAAGAUGAAUUUGUUCCGGAAAUCGAAGAGGAAGAAGCUGAAAUUGAAGAACCAAAACCUAAGAAAGUUGUCAAAUCAAAAGGAUCAAGGAAACAAGUUAUACCAGCACCAACACCUCCAUUAGCAGCAAUUGAAGAAGACAAUCUGCACGAACCAAUGAUAACUGAAGAUGAACCAGAAGAACCAAUUGCUUCUGAAAAACAAGAAUCAGAAGCUGAUUCUGCUUCAGCUAUAGAGGAAGAAUUACCAGCAGCACAACCAAAAUCCAGGGGAAGAAAAGCAGGGCCAGCAGCAAAAAAGAAAAACAUCAUAUCAACAAAGAAAGCUGCAUCGAAAAAAGCCCCCAAAGGUGGCAAAAAAGCUACCAAAGAUGAACCACAAGAAAACCAACAAGUAACAGCCGCCGAAUAUAUCGAUGAAAAAGCAGUUGAUAAAUUGAUGAAUAAUGAAAUCAAUGAAGAAGAUCAAGACGCAGCAGAUGUAGAGAUAUCAAAGCGCAAAAUAAACGGAACUGCUGAACCCGAAACGGAAUCAGCUGCACCAAAAGCAGGACGUGGUCGAAAACGUGCAGCACCAGCCUCAGUACCAGCAACACCUAUCACCGAAACGGAUAAAACAGAGAAGAAACCAGGACGUGGUCGAAAACGCGUAGCAACAGCACUACCACCAACAAUAGAAGAUUCAGCUAAUGAUAAUGAUGGUGAUGAUGAUGUUAAAACCGAGACCGAUGGAUCCAAAAUUGCAAAGCUUGAUGGACCAUUGAAUCCAACAAAAACUGAAUACAAUUCAAGUGAUUUUACUAUUGACAAAGAAUUCAAUAUGAAAAUAUCUAGCUGGAACAUAGCCGGUUUACGUGCGUGGCUAAAAAAAGAUGGACUCUCUUAUCUGCAACACGAAAAACCAGACAUUCUGUGUCUUCAAGAGAUAAAAUGCACCCCAGAUAAAUUACCCGAAGAAGCACGCAUUCCUGGCUAUCAUCCCUAUUGGUUGUGCAUGCCCGGUGGCCAUGGGGGAGUUGCUGUCUACUCGAAAAUUAUGCCAAUCAAUGUUGAAUACGGAAUUGGCAAUGCCGAACAUGAUGAAAGUGGUCGCAUAAUAACUGCUGAAUAUGAAAAGUUCUACUUAAUUAACGUGUAUGUUCAGAAUUCUGGACGAGGGUUGGUAAAUCUGGACAAACGUAUGCGUUGGGAGGAACUCUUUCGUGAAUAUCUGCAAAAAUUGGAAAAAGUCAAACCAGUAAUUAUUGCGGGCGAUAUGAAUGUUUCACACAAAGAAAUCGACUUGGCCAAUCCCAAGACGAACACAAAAUCUGCUGGCUUUACUCCGCAGGAACGCGAGCAAAUGACAAAAUUACUUGAGUCGGGCUAUGUGGACACAUUUAGGCAUUUUCAUCCGGAUCAAAAGGGUGCGUAUACAUUUUGGACGUAUAUGAAAAAUGCACGAGCCAAAAAUGUCGGCUGGCGUUUGGAUUAUUUUAUUUUAUCGGAGAGAAUAGUUUCGAAAGCUGUGGAAAGCACAAUUCGACCACAAGUUUUGGGUAGCGAUCAUUGUCCCAUCACAUUAUUUUUAAAUAUUUAAUUUAUUCUCAAAAAUAAAUAAUUGUUUGAUGAUUUUUUUAUAAAUUUAAAUUAUAUUACAAUCAGCUUAAAACGGUAUUGCCAAAAACAAAACAAAUACGUUGAUAGUUGCAUUUUGAUUUGAACAUGUACUAAUUACAUGGGAUAUAAUUGUUUUUACUCUUUAAAGUUUCAUAUUCGCCAUCGAGUGAAAUUGAAUAAAAUAAAUAAAUAAAAACGUUCCACUAUCUUUUUUCACGAUUGUAUGAUUUGUUUUUUAUAAGUGCGAUCGUAAGGAUAAUGUACGUUAAACAAGUAUAAUUGAAUAAAAAUGUAGGUACCGUAAUAAAUGUGUCGAAAUAAG